AUGGGCAAUAACCACGCCAAUCAGUUCGAGAACCCGUAUGAUAUCUACAAAACAUACUAAGUAACAUCCCUUUUGAAAAUUUAGAAUCACUGGUACGUUGGAGUGGAAAGGGAAGUCUAAAAACUAGGAUAUCAUAUCAAUGUCAGAUCAGAUCGUUUUCAUAAAAGCAACUUUCUUUCCUUAUACUAAAUAAUCAAACCUAAGGCUGAGUCAAUUAUAACAACAAGUACUAACGAAUCUCUCUUCGCAACAGAGUUAGAAAAUAUAAAACGAAGCAAAAAAACAAUAGAUCCAUUUAAAGAAUUUUAAGUUACAACAUUACUCUAAGAUUGUGAUCCUUGUUUUCAAGAUUAUGAGAAAUAAGUCAUUAAUUAAUUAUCGACUCUUUCUGGCAGCUUGUUGGAAAUCUUUUAAACUUUUCUACAAACAUAACUGCCCAAUACUAGUCAAGAAUUAGAUACAUUAUUAAUUAAAUUUCGAGAUUCAUUUGUUUAAAUUUUAAUACAUUAUUAUGAUCUUAGACACUAUGCUGCAAUAAAUUAAUGCCAAUUUCUAACUCUAUAAUCACUUUAGUGCCUUGUCACUAAUAUGAUUUUUAAUUAUGAGAUAUCUUCCUAUGUUUACUAAAUUAAAAAGUUGGAAUAGAUCGGCGAAAAUGAAAGGAUACACCUCAAAUUGAUCUAAUCUCAAAACAAAACCCUUGCAGAUUUUGGAACUUCUAUUAAGUUUUGCUUGGAUUGCACUACCAGAGAUUAUAUUCAAUCCAAAAUAUCAACUAAAAUUAAUACAAAUCCUUUCAUUACUACUCCUGUACAAUAGGAUAAUUACUAAACUCUUAUCAUAGAGGAUGUUGAUCUUACUUCGAUACCCUCACGACCUUAAGCAAGGUUGCUUUAAGGCACUUUUUUUCAUCAAUCCCCUUUUGAAAAAGCUAUAUAGGCCUUACAACUUAUUUAAUUUAGAUAGACUCCUCAUCAUAAAAUAAAAUAAUUAAUUCUGUGUUUUCAAUGUAUAUAUUCUACAAUUUUGGAUUAUUAUCAAUAAUUUGCUUAACAACCAUCAAAUAUGAGUACCGAUGAAAUGAUAACAAUAUUUAAUUAUGUUCUAUGCAAGUCUAAACUCUAAAAUCCAUACACUCACUUUGAAAUAAUGCAGAGGUACUUGGGAAAUUUAGAUGGGGUUGAAGGCAUCUAUCUAACCAUAAUGGAGGCCACCUUUUAUAUUGAUUGA